AUGGUGCCCUCCAAGCUCGCCCUCCUCAUCGCCAUGAACCUGGUCCUCUUCGUGGCCGUGCAUGGCUGCGGGUCGUGCGGCAACACACCGCCUGUCCCGGUCCCAAGCCCGCCGAUCGCCGUGCCCCCGGCAGCUUCCGUGCCGUCUCCGCCUUCGACCGGCGGCGGGGGCGGCACCUGCUCAAUCGACACGCUGAAGCUGAAGGUAUGCACCAACGUGCUAAACCUGCUGAAGCUCAACCUCGGCGUGCCGACGAAUGAGCAGUGCUGCCCGUUUCUGAGCGGCCUCGCCGACCUAGACGCCGAUGUGUGCCUCUGCACCGCCGUCCAGGCCAACGUCCUUGGCAUCAAGCUCAACGUGCCCGUCGACCUCGUGCUCCUCCUUAACCAGUGCGGCAAGACCUGCCCCGCCUACUUCACCUGCCCUAGCUGA